AUGCUUCCACGUGUUUGUGAUUUAUUCCAUAUUCCUAAUCUUCUUUUUCAUUCGAUGUUGGAUCUUAUCUUUCUUGGUGUUGCCAUUGGCUUAGAAUUUGCUGUUCCUUGGAAAUCAGAUUUAAAUCCUAAUUUAUUAGAAAAAGGUACUCUUGAUCCAAGUGAAGCAUUAGACAAUUUUUUAGGUUUGGCUGCUUGGCCACCAACAGCUUGUGGUGUUGGUGUUGAAAUUUCAUUAGCAUUUACUGUAUUUGCUGCACAAGUAUGUCGCAUUAAAAUAAUUGGUCGACUAUUACCAUCGUUGAAUUCAUUUGCCUAUAAAGUUAAAAAUCAUGUUGCAAUUCUAUUUGCUUUGGGAGCUAUUGGUGGCAGUGCUCUACCGGCAGGUCUAUCAAAAACAAUUACAUUAAAUUCAGAAAACGGAACAAAUAUAUUUAGUAGUAUUCUUGGAGGAUUUUUAUUGCUCUUAGGAGCACGAUGUACUGAUGGAUGUUCGAGCGGUGAAGGAAUUUCAGGUAUAACUCAUCAUCUUGUUGGUUCAUUCAUUACCUCAGUGUGUAUAUUUGGUGAUAGCAUUGUUUUUGGUUUUAGUGCUUCAUUAAGUAAAAAUGAAUAG